GGAUGAUAACAGUAUAUUUAUAGUAUUACUACCUUGGGUAUUUCCCGAAACCCUCGGAACAGGUGGUUACACUAUAAUUAAUGUAUAAACUGUUCCUCCUCACAUCGUCGCCUCUUACCAGCCCUUACACCACCCAACACAACACAACACGCACAGGAGAACAAGAAGGCGCAAACCACCUGGUGCUCCGACAACUUCAUAAACAUCAGGGCCCUGCGCAAGGCAGAGGACAUCUACGACCAGCUGGUCCGCUGCCUGGGUCAUCCCUCCCCCCCGACUGGGUCUGCCGCUCUCCUCCUGCAUGGGAGGCCUAGCAUCCGCAACAGCAGCGGCAGCGGGGGGGCUGGCAGCGGCGGGGGGAGGCGGUGGCGGGACCGAGGACACCACCCCGCUUCGGAGGGCCCUGACGGCGGGGCUGUUCCCGCACGCGGCCAGGUUGCAUCCGGAUGGGUCAUACCGGGUUUUCCUUCACCCCAGCUCCGUGCUUCUGGAGCGCAAGCCCGACUGCCUGGUCUUCAACGAGCUCAUGCACACCACCCGCACAUACGCCCGGGAGGCGCUUGCGAUUGAGGCGCGCUGGUUGCCUGAACUGGCACCCGCCUUCUUCGCCGCCAAGGCAGGAGCAGCGGUGGGGGCGGUUUGAUAAAGAGGGGCUUCCUGGGGACCAUUUUGGGUUGGAGUUGAGGGUUGGGGCUGCGAAGCUGGGAUUUGUGUGCGGUGUGCGGCGUGCUGGGUGGUUGAUGGGAACCCGCGGGAUACUUUGGUGCCAAGGAC